AUGAGUGACGAGGCUUCAAUUAAGUCCAUUCAAGACAAACCAAAUUAUAAGUUUACAGGCAAAGGUGUCAUCAAAAUGUUCAUCAGCUCAGUAAAUUCAUUUUAUGGAAAAUUCAUCGUCUCACAGCUUUUAUCAUACAGCACAAACAAUGGAACUAAGUAUGAAAUAUAUGGAACAAUUCAAGAAAGUCAAGCUAUAAUGCUAUCUGAUGUUGAAUUUUUGAAUCCAGAAAGUGAAAGUUUUUUAUAUAAUGUAACUAAUUGUGACGUUAUUGUAAUGGAUAUAUCACAUGAUAAAAUGCAGCUACAAGAGUCGAAGGCUAUUGUUAAUCAACUAGAAAAUCUAUUGACAAAUGGAACUGAAUUAAAAGUUAAAUUGAUAUUAAUUUCUACAGUCUUAAUUUGGACAAAAACAACACAUUAUGACGAAAUCCUGACAGAUUCAAAUUAUCGGAAGCGACUUCCCCAUCCAUGCUUUAGAAUCAUUUAUGGAGAGGAACAAGGCAUAUUCCAUUACAUUUUUAAGCAGUGCUUCUUCAAUCAUCCAUACGUUGAUGUUUUCAUGCCAGGAGUUAAUUAUUUGCCAAUUAUUUACAUCCAUGAUUUUGAGAAAAUUGUUUUGAAUCUUUUGACAAACUUUCCGGAUGUUUCAAGCAACUACAUACUUGCUGUUCAACCAAAUCUAUCAACUGCGUUUGAUAUUGCUAGAAUAUUUGCACAAGCAAUCAGUGGAAAUGAAAUUAUGAUCAGAAUAUGUGGAAAGGAAGAGAUUUUUGCGAUUAACAUCGAUGAAAUAACGCAAAGGACCUACAAUCACAUGACGCUAAAUCUUCGAUUGAAAUCUGACUAUUUAAAAGACUUUGAAUUUACAAUCAAUGGACAUAACUUAGAAGAUUCUGCUGAGCAAAUUGGAAAUGAAUUUUACGAAUCGAGAAGAUUAAAACCAAUCAAGAGUCCUCACACUUCUCAAUUAAAAUUAGCAAAAAAGCUCAGUCAAUUCUAUUGUCUUCAUCCUAUCGAUCAUAAAUGCUUUUUAAAGACUUAUCAAUGUCGAUUGGUGAGUAGCAACAAAAGUCGUACGUAA